AUGUCUUGGAAAAUCGGGAAGAAGUUCAAGGACUCUGGGCUCCUCUCGUCCAAGAGCCACACGCCUUCACCGGCGCCAGACUCGCGCUCCACAACACCCACGCCGGGUAACCCCCAGCCAGAGUUGGCACAGAAGCCUGUCGCCCGCAGCGGUAUCCUCCGCAUCCGCGUUACGGCCGGCAAGGGGCUGAGCCUGCCCCAAGGUGUUCCUGUCCCCCAAUGCGUGCAGAACGCGCUUCAUCAACACCCGACGUCCGCCCUCUCACAAUCCCUCUCGUCCUCCCCCCGCGUCACCAACCAGCGCCAGUCGGCCAACCCUCGCGACUCGCUGCAGCGCAAGCAGUUGUGGUGGCUGCCAUAUGUCGUCCUCGAGUUUGACAAGAACGAAGUUCUCGUGGACGCGCUGGGAGGUGACCUCGCCAACCCGGUGUGGAUGUACUCGGCACAGUUCGACGUGUCGCGUUCCUCCGAGAUAGGCAUCAGCGCGUACCUCCGCUCGGCGCCGCCCAAGCACGGCGAUGUCGCUGAUAUGAGCUCGGGUGACCUCAACCUCGGCUCAAUCCGCUUCGCACCCGACCUCGUGACUAACCGUCUCAACGACGAGUGGAUCCCACUCACGAGCGGCUCGGGUGCCAUCCAUGUUCAGGUGUCGUUCAAGCCGACUGUCGGGCAGCCGCUCACGAUCGACUCAUUUGAGCUGCUCAAGGUCAUUGGCAAGGGUUCGUUUGGCAAGGUCAUGCAGGUCCGCAAACGCGACACUCUGCGUAUCUAUGCCCUCAAGACGAUCCGCAAGGCGCAUAUUGUCAGCCGCUCCGAGGUGACGCACACGCUCGCUGAGCGAACCGUCUUGGCACAGGUCAACUCUCCGUUCAUUGUGCCCCUCAAGUUCUCCUUCCAGUCCAAGGAGAAGCUCUACCUCGUGCUCGCGUUUGUCAACGGCGGUGAGCUCUUCCACCACCUCCAGCGUGAGGGCAAGUUUAACGAGACACGAUCACGCUUCUAUGCCGCAGAGCUGUUGCUCGCACUUGAGCACCUCCACGGCUUUAACGUCGUGUACCGCGACUUGAAGCCUGAGAACAUCCUGCUCGACUACACAGGCCACAUUGCCCUGUGUGACUUCGGUCUCUGCAAGCUCAACAUGAGCACGGGUGAGACCACCAACACGUUCUGCGGCACGCCCGAGUACCUCGCGCCAGAGUUACUCUCUGGCCACGGCUACACCAAGUGUGUCGACUGGUGGACGCUGGGUGUGCUCUUGUAUGAGAUGCUCACGGGCCUCCCACCGUUCUACGACGAGAACACAAACGAUAUGUACCGCAAGAUCUUGAACGACCCGUUACGCUUCCCCGAGGAGGUUGGGCCUGAAGCGCGCUCCCUCCUUAUUCGCCUGCUCGACCGCGACCCGUCCCGGCGACUGGGCGUCAACGGUGCGCAGGAGAUCAAGGACCACCCUUUCUUCUCUCGCCACAUCGACUUCAAGAAGCUGAUGCAGAAGAAGAUCCCGCCGCCGUUCAAGCCUGCCGUUGCCAGCGCCAUCGACACGUCCAACUUUGACGAGGAGUUUACGUCCGAGGUGCCACAGGACUCUGUCGUCGCCGACUCGCACCUUUCGCAGACGGUGCAGCAGCAGUUCGAGGGAUUCUCGUGGAGCGUGUCGCCGCUUGGCGAGUCAGUGGGGCGGUACUAG